AUGGCGUCUUCUCCACCCUUAAAUUCUUUGACUAAUUCCAAUUCGAUCGACACCCACCCAAACCGCGACGGGUCGAAGUCUCCUGAGCACGAACGGCAUCUCCCCGACCCUGAUCGACUAGCACCAGAGGAUGCCUACUUUGCGCCAGCCCUCUCCAGGGUACGCUCAGCGCCUGCCAACUAUGAAGAAAGCCUGCGGUCCAUGAACGGCGAAAAUACGUCCCACAUUGGCUCUGCGGCGGCGUUGCGCAAGAAGUUGGGCGGUGCUCCGAGGCGCCGAAAGCGAAAGGGUGCUUGGAAAAAGUUGCUCUGGGUCAAGCAGUCUUACCCGGACAACUACACCGAUACCGAAACCUUUCUAGACCACCUUCAGCGCAAUCCACGAGUACGGCCGUAUGAUUUUUGGCCGCUCGUGGCUGACUCAACUGUGAUUGUCCAACAUGUCUGCUCAGUGGUGAUCUUCGUUUGCUGUUUCGUUGGCAUCGUUCAAGACCGAGUGAGCCCAGUUUCGAUCGUGUGUUGGGGAAGCGUCGGCACGGCCGUGGGCUGGAUUCUGUGGGACAAUUGGAUCUGGAAGGAACACGAAGAAUCUUUACAAGAGGCAGAUCGAACCGGAGGCGGAGACGAUGGCUCUAGCUCAACAUCCUUUGCCAGUGCCGCAGAUGCACUCUCAAGCGGGGCGCAAAGCGAUGACACUAAGACGAACGCUAUACAUGGGCUUGGGUUAUCAAUGUCCGGCAACGAAUCAAAAGAACAGUUGGUUCGUCGCAGUGGAGAAUUCGGCGAAAGUCUAGACGCAGUCGCUCAUUCGACGGAACAACGUGCUACUUUGUCAGUGCCGCCCAACUCCAUGGCCGGCAAUGAGACAAUAGUGCCGCAAGAAAUCCACCGAGUGUCAAUGCUAUCUGCGCGCAAUCGCCAACGACUGACCACGGUCAAAUCAGCCUUCCUGAUCUACUUCUCCCUCCUGGGGCUGAGCCCCAUCCUCAAGUCUCUCACCAAAUCUACAGCCAGCGACUCAAUCUGGGCCAUGAGCUGCUGGCUUUUAAUAAUGAAUAUAUUCUCUUUCGAUUACGGGAGCGGGGAAGGCGCAGGCGCCACUACCAAAUUCCCUGCUUCUUUGUCCACCAACGCAGCCGUGAUGGCAUCCACCGUGCUCGCGUCUCGCCUACCAUCGACCACUCAUGUAUUCAGUCUCAUGCUCUUCUCCAUGGAAGUGUUUGGUCUGUUCCCCAUAUUCCGGAGGCAAUUACGACAGAAGUCAUGGACUGGCCAUGUUGCAUUGACCUUGGCCCUCGUGAUCGUUGCUGGUGGCGCUGUUGGGGUCACAUUAAGUGGCGGAUGGGCAGCGGCCAUAAUCGGCUCCAUGCUGGGGAGCAUCCUGACUGCGUUCGUCAUGGGCGGCUGUAGCUGGUGGCUCAUCAGUUUGCAGAAGUACAAGAACGUCGUGAUCGGUCCUUGGGAUCCUGCUCGUCCAAUAAUUCGGCGGCAUUGGAACUAA